GCUUAAGAAAGAAGCAUUCUAAUAUUUAAAACAACAUAAUUAUUUCAUUACAGCUAGUAGUAGUCUUUGCUUUCAUGCUCACUUUUCACAAUCACGUCCCACCAUAUUGUUAUAUGGACCAUACAUUGCACUAAUAUCAAUUAUUGGAUCAAUAUUCCAUAUAUACAUUGCUUUACUAUUAUUACCACUGCGAACCAUUCACACAUCAGUCUUUACUAUCUAUUCACAUAGAUCUUCAUUUCCUUCAAACUUUUGUUAAUCAACAUGGCUGCAACUAUGAUUGGAAGUGCUUUCCUCUCAGCAACUGUUCAAACCUUAGUUGAGAAACUUGCUUCAAAAGAGUUUCUUGAUUACUUUAAAAACACCAAACUCGAUGACUCACUCUUGGAACAGUUAAGAGCACCACUACUCACUCUUAAUGUUGUGCUAGAUGCUGCAGAGGAGAAGCAGAUCAACACUCCUUCUGUCAAAGACUGGCUUGACGGCUUGAAAGAUGCUGUCUACGACGCUGAAGAUCUGCUCAACCAAAUCAGCUAUGACUCCCUUCGAUGCAAGAUGGAGAACACGCAACCUGCAAGCAAAACUAAACAGGUCUGGAACUUCUUUUUUUCUCCUGUAAAUAACUAUGAAGAGAUCAAUUCCCAAAUGAAAAAAAUAUGCUUAAACCUGAAACAUUUUGCUGAAAAUAAAGAUAUCAUUAGUUUGCAAACUAAAAGUGUCAGAGUUUCACAUAGAACACCUUCCAGUCCUAUGUUCGAUGAAUCUGUCAUGGUUGGUAGGAAAGAUGACCAAGAGAAAGUAACAAACAUGUUGCUAUCAGAAAGCAAUACUAAUAUAGGCAUAGUUGCAAUUCUAGGCAUGGGAGGUGUCGGAAAAACAACACUUGCACAACUUGCUUACAAUGAUGAAAAUGUUCAAAAGCACUUUGAUCUCACAGCAUGGGCUUGUGUAUCUGAAGAUUUUGAUAUCCUUAGAGUAACCAAAACUCUCCUUGAAUCUGUCACUAAAACACCAUGGGAAACUAAUAAUCUUGAUUUACUUCGAGUUGAGUUAAAGAAAAAUUUAAGGGAUAGGAGAUUUUUCAUUGUGUUGGAUGACUUAUGGAAUGACAGUUGUUCUGAUUGGGAAGAUCUUGUAUCUCCGUUGAUUUAUGGAAAAAAUGGAAGCAGAGUGAUCAUCACCACACGCCACCAAAAAGUGGCAGAUGCGGCACGCACAUUUCCUAUUUUCGAAUUAGAUCCUCUUUCAGUUGAAGACAGUUGGUCUUUACUCUCCAAACGUGCAUUUGGAAGUGGAGACUUUUCUGAAACUCAAAAGCGAAAUGUAGAAGCAAUAGGAAGGAAGAUUGCAAGAAAGUGUGGUGGAUUGCCAAUUGCUGCGAAAUCACUUGGAGGACUAUUGCGUUCGAAAGUAGAUCCUGAAGAGUGGAUUGAAGUUCUGAACAACGACAUAUGGAACUUAAAGGAUGAUAAUAUUCUGCCUGCAUUGGGCUUGAGUUAUCAAUAUCUUUCCUCUCAAUUGAAAAGAUGUUUUUCCUAUUGCUCUAUUUUUCCAAAGGACUAUCCACUUGAUAGGAAGCAAUUGGUUUUGUUGUGGAUGGCAGAAGGCUUCCUUGAUCAUUCUCAAGACAAAAAAACCAUGGAAGAAGUAGGUGACGAAUGUUUUACUGAAUUGUUAUCCAGAUCAUUGAUUCAACAAUUGCAUAAUGAUUCUAGUGGACAGAAAUUUGUCCUGCAUGACCUUGUUAAUGAUUUAGCUACGGUCGUAUCUGAAAAAUGUUGUUACAGACUUGAAUUUGGUGCUAAGAGCUCUGAAAAUGUUCGCCACUUGUCAUAUAAUAAAAAAACAUAUGACAUUUUCAAGAAGUUUAAGACUUUUGACAAAUUCAAAUGCUUGAGAAGCUUCCUUGGCAUUGACCAUCGAUGGGCAUCAAAUAAUUUAUCAAGAAAGGUGGUCGAAGAUUUGCUACCCACAUUUGGAAGGUUGCGUGUGUUAUCGUUAUCAAAAUAUAGAAACAUCACCAUGCUACCCAUUACAAUUGGCAAUUUAGUGCAGUUGCGCUAUCUAGAUCUCUCUUACACGAAUAUCGCAAGCUUGCCUGGCACCAUAUGCAAUCUCUAUUACUUGCAAACCUUGAUUUUAUCUUGCUGCUCAAAACUCACAGAAUUGCCUGAACAUGUUGGAAAAUUAAGUAAUUUGCGUCAUCUUUAUAUUGAUAGGACAAGCAUAACAGAGAUGCCGAAGCAAAUUGCUGAACUAGAAAACCUUCAAACUCUAACUGUUUUUGUAGUAGGCAAGAAAAAUAUUGGUUUAAGUGUUAGAGAGCUUGGGAAGUUUCCUAAGCUACGGGGAAAGUUACUCAUCAAGAACCUGCAAAAUGUCAAUGAUGUCAUGGAGGUAAGUGGUACCAACUUGAAGAGCAAAGAACAUAUUGAGGAAUUAACGCUAGAGUGGGGCAAGGAAACUGAUGACACACUUAAUGAAAAAAAUGUGCUUGAUAUGUUAGAACCAUCUUCAAACCUAGAGAAACUGAGCAUUGUAUCAUAUGGUGGGACAAGUUUUCCAAGUUGGUUUGGAGAUCCUUCGUUUUCUAACAUGGUGUCCCUCCGCAUUAGUAAUUGUGAGAAUUGCAUGACACUUCCAUCACUAGGGCAGCUACCUUCUCUCAAGGACUUGCAAAUUGAUAGAAUGACAAUUUUGGAGACAAUUGGGCAGCAGUUCUAUGGCAUGGCAGCGAGAGGUUCCCAUUCUUUGUUCCAACCAUUUCAAUCCCUUGAGAAUUUGGAAUUUUUGAACAUGGAAAAUUGGAAGGAAUGGUGUCCUUUUCUAGACAACAUAUUUCCUUUUCCUCAUCUGAAAACUCUGAAGUUAUUCAAGUGUCCCAAAUUGAAAGGACAUUUACCUAGUCAUCUUCCUUCCUUAGAAGAGAUUGAAAUAAAUGAUUGUGAUCAUCUCUUGGCAACACCACCUACUCCACAUUGGCUCUCCUCAAUAAAAAAGAUUCGUAUUAUGGUAGAUUUACAUUCAAUAAGCAAUACUGAAAGGAACCAAUACUCAUUGCUCGAGAGUGAUUCUCCAUGUCUGCUGCAAACAAUAUACAUAUGGAGCCGUCAUAUGCUAAAAUCUGUACCUAAAAUGAUUAUAAACAGCACCUGUCUUCGAGAAUUGGAUCUCAAUCAUAUUAGUUCUCUCACUACGAUUCCAACAAAUGGUUUACCCACUUCUUUGCAAUCACUUUGUAUUCGAAAUUGUGAGAACUUAACAUUCCUUCCUCCUGAAAUGUGGAGCAAUUACACAUCCCUUGUGACUCUUAAAUUAGAAAACUGCAAAGCACUUACCUCCGUCCCAUUGAAUUGUUUUCCUGUGCUCCAAAAACUUUCCAUCUCUAAUUGCAACAGUUUGGAAUCUAUUUUUAUUUCAGAAACUUUGCCUUGUAGCUCGUCAGCCCUCCAAUAUUUUGAUGUCAGUUGUUGCAAGAAACUUAGAUCACUACCUCAACGGAUGGGCAUCCUCACUGCUCUUGAAAGUAUACAUCUUUCCCAUCUUCCAAAUUUGAAUUUAUCAUUAUGUAAAGGAGUUUUCCUACCUCCCAAUUUACAAUCAAUUCAGGUAGAUUUUGUGAGAGUAACAAAGCCGGUAACAGAGUGGGGUCUCCAAUGUCUCACUGCUCUUUCAUCAUUGCAUAUCAGAGGUGAUGAUAUUGUGAACAUAUUGCUCAAAGAGCCGUUGUUGCCCAUUUCCCUUGUGUCUCUAUAUAUCCGUAAUCUCUUUGAAAUGAAAUCCUUAGAAGGAAAUGGACUUCGACACCUCUCCUCUCUAGAAAUCCUUAAUUUUUAUGAUUGUCCGGGGCUUGUGUCAUUGCCAGAAAAAGCCUUUCCCUCCUCGCUGAAAAAACUUUCUUUCAUCGAUUGUUCAAGACUAGAGUCAUUGCCAGAAAAAGCCUUUCCCUCCUCGCUAAAAACACUUUAUUUCGAAGAUUGUCCAAAACUAGAGUCAUUGCCAGAAGACAGCCUCCCUUCCUCUUUACAGCAUAUGUUUAUUUACAAUUGUCCAUUGUUAGAAGAAAGGUAUAAAAGGAAGGAACAUUGGUCCAAAAUUGCUCACAUCCCAGUCAUAAGAAUAAAUGACCAAGUCACAAUAUGAGCCAUGGACAUUGAGAAAUCAAGGAAAUGAAGAAUUCCAAUCCUGUUUCAGGUAUGAAUGUUACUUUUUGUUUGUUUUAUGUCACUGGACAAAAAGUUAUUAUUAUUUAGUUAUAAGGUGUAUACUUGGGUUCAUUAAUAUUGUCAAGUUUCACAGCAAUCUGUUGAUGGUGACGCCAUGAAUCCAUGGUGAAAGCAAUGAAGGUAGUGAAGUGCAACAGCAACAACAAGUUGGGGAAGAAACGCAUAACAGAAUUCUGUUAUGGAUAAUAUUCAUAUUCUUCUUCUUAGAUUUUCCAUAUGUUACAAUUGGUUUAUAUAUCUUAUCUACAAAAGAUGACGUGGCAAAUAUGUACAUAAGCUACUCUACAAUACAACUAAUAUGUACAAAUACAAGGAGUGAGGUAUACUAUACUAACAGCCCCCCUCAAGUUGGACUUUGGAGAGUGCAAAGGCCUAACUUGAGCAAAGAGUGUCUUAGAGCUGGAGAAUGCAGAGGCUUGGUUAACAUGUCUGCAAGUUGGUCACGAGUGGAAAUAGGUAGCAAACGAAUAAGUUUGGAUUGAAGACGCUCUCGAACAACAUGACAGUCCAACUCAAUAUGUUUGCUUCUUUCGUGAAAUGUUGGAUUAUGAGCCAGAUAGACGGCUGACUUGCUAUCACAAAAGACAUUAGCUGGCUGAUGAAAUUCGACAGUUAGGUCCUUAAAGAGAUACUGCAGCCAUUGGAUUUCACAAGUAAGGGAUGCCAAAGCCCUAUAUUCAGCCUCAGUGGAUGAUCUAGAAGCUGUAUGCUGUUUCUUUGAUUUCCAGCAUAGAAGUGAAGAACCUAAGAGCACACAAUAGCCAGUAAUUGACUUUCUAGUGUCAGGGCAUCUUGCCCAGUCAGAGUCAGAAAAUCCAAGCAACUUCAGUUCACUUGAAACAGAGAAAAGAAUCCCAGUGGUGGGAACAGACUUCAAGUACCUGAGAACACGAAUGGCAGCUUGAAAAUGUGGUUGUCUCGGCUGUGACAUGAACUGACUAAGAUGUUGUACUGCAUAAGAAAUGUCAGGCCUAGAAUUUGUCAAGUAGAUAAGUCUACCAAUCAGUCUCCUAAAAGAAGAAGGAUCUUCCAGCAAAUCACCUUCAUGAACUGACAAUUUCAGAGUGGGAUCAAAUGGAACUGCUGAAGGUUUAGCUGCCAAUACUCCAGCAUCUUGUAACAAUUCAAGAGUGUAUUUUCUUUGGUUUAAGAAAAUGCCUUCAGUAGACCUGGCAAUUUCCAAACCCAAAAAAUACCUGAGCUGGCCAAGAUCCUU